CCAUAAGAGCACGAAGAGGUACAACGCAACGCAACGUGUUCACUGUUAAAUAGGUUGAUAAGCACAUGCUUACGUGGACGAUAAGUGCCACUGUGGACUGUGUGGGUUCCGACAUCAUAGUGAACAUGAACAACUCAUCGCGUAAAGUGAAAAACCCGUUGUUGUCCGCUGCUGGUCCUGGCUUUCCCUUUGACAGUUACACGGAGAAUACAUUAUUAGUACCAGUUACACCCGCGUCAGCCGUACUCCGAGACGAUGCCGAGCUCGACAACUUCAUAGGACAGGAGCCGGCUAAUAUUCAAUCUCAGUCUCCAUCAAAGAUACAGAAGAAUUUUUCUACGGAUGCAUCUUUUCAGUCAAAGGAGAACAAAGAUACAGUGAAUCAGCCAGCAAAAUCGGGAUAUUUCACGACGAUUCUUUCUUCUCUACCGAACUUGUCGCUGUCAUCAGCUAAAACCGACGUUUUGGGAUCGCAAAUAAAUCAAACAAUCGAUGACACUUCAAGCGGAGUGGUACACGAACCUAAUCCUUACGUAUCUUCACAAGGACAUCGUGAUUCUCAGUCGGAAAUACCAGGAUUCUUAGCAAUUAACUCUCAGAAUCCUCGAAAUACAAACUUAUCAGGAUUCGCUGCUUUCGGUUCCACUGAUACUGUAUCGAAUCCUCCGCCCAGUUUACCUCAAUCUGGUUAUGCGCCUAUUUCUUAUCGACUUGGUAAUCAACGACGGCUGAAGUAUGCGCCUCCACCUGAUUUAAAGACCAACAAUGCAAAGCCGAGCCCAACGGUACAAACAUUCUUUCCUACUCAAAAUGUGUCUGCACCGCCGACCAUUUUAAAUCCGUUUAAGUCGGAGGAAUCGGUGCAGGGUAACAAUUCUAGCGUACAACAGACUAGUUCUUUACCCGAACAGCUUCCAAAGUUUGAGCAGCUAUCGGGAAAUAGUUCUCUUCGUAGCUCAUUUCGAUCCAAUCCAGUUGCAACAGAAACAACAUAUAACUCAUCCGUAGCAUUUACAACUCAGAAUCAAUUUUCUGAAAGUUCUUCCGUGUCUACGCCAUCGCAAUUUGUUUCGUCGUCAUCAAGACCGACAUCUGCGCAAAUAUUGGAGCCCACAACGCCACAGAACACUCCGGCGAACGUCUCAUUCGCCGGCUUUGCACCUUACGUGGAUCGAGAUAUCCUACCGGCAUCUAAUUUAGACAGAGAAGUGGUUGCGUUUAGAAAGCCAAAUCAACCAAAAUCAUCGUCGGAAUUUUUGAGAGACGGUAUUCCCGAGACAACUACAGAAUCUGCGCAUAAACCGUCAUUGAUAUCGGAGGAGACAAAAGCGACAUUUACUCCGAUAUCAGCAGCCAAGGUGACAGAAAAGUUGGAACAUUUACUUGCAGAGCAAAAACAAGAUUCUCCUUGCGUGACAACUUCCGAGACCUUUUCAAAAAUUAAUGAAAUUUCAUCUAGCGUUACUACUGAAUUAACGAAAUCUUUCGAAGCGCAGAGCGAGACGCCGCUGGCUACAAAUGAGUUCAUCGAUGAAUCAUACACGGCAAAGUUGAAUAACGUUCAAGAGAAAACCGCUCAGCCUGGAAGUGACACUUGGAGUGACGUAUUUCUUGGGCAAGAGCCAGCGGCGGAAUCUGUGAUCUGCCCGGAAGUACAUACGGAUAACAAUCCGGUUGUAACAGAUAACCAAGCGGCUGAGUCGAACAUACAUUUGCCUCAACAAUAUUUCCAAUCGCAAUCGACAUCUAUGCCAAGCUCCGCUGUAUAUGCAGACAGACCCGCAGAUCAAAGAUCAAGCUUGAAUUACAUACCGCCUGUUCAACUUCCGCAAAGCAGUUUCUACAAUCCGCCGAAACCAACGGAGCAAUCGGCAAGUGUAUUCUUUGAAUCGACAAAACCGGACGGAUUCUUGAAUUUCUCUCAGGAGAAGAAUACAAAUCCUUCUUAUAAUCAACCAAGUACCUUAAUAGUUGAUGCGACAAAAAAUUUGCAGCAAGUUCAAGAAAAUUCGGCUUUUAAUUCUACAGCGAUUGAUUCCACGGUUCACGUACCGUUUUGGAAUGCCGAUCAAUCUUCUCAAUCGCAGGUGUUAAACGUUAUAUCUAACCAGCCAGUAUAUAACGUGCCCAGCCAAUCGCCAACGCCAACAUUUUAUAAUCCUGCUCAAUUUACAAAUGAAUUGCCUAAACAACUGACUUUUUCACAUACAUACAAUCAACAAUCUUCUCAACAGCAAUCGUAUCAAAACCCAUCCUUGUACGAGAAUACCAGUGGAUUACAGCAAUCUUAUACUGCUCAUGCAGAAAAUACUGCAUAUUCUUCGCCUGCAGUCUCGAUGGUAACAGCAAUACCUGAACCAACGGGAUCAGCCACACUUAACCCUAUUCAAAUGUCGGUUAAUGCGCCGAUUCGUACUACACCAGAUACCAUUCCACCAAGUUUUCAAAAUUGGGCUGCUGGAUCUUCUGAUAAACAUAUGCAGUACAGAUCGGUAUACCAUCAUUGGUUCUACCGCAAAGAGGUGGAGAACAAAAUACUAUGGCUUCCGUUUUCGAUGCAGGAUAGUUUAAAAUUAGAAGAAAUACAUAAUUCUACCGAUAUUACUCCUGAAACCACAGUGGCUACUGAGGGUGGUCGUUACGACGUCGAUAUUUUGCGUCGUCAAAGAACGCCCGUGUAUUGGAUCGGUGCGCCUACCGAAGUUAGACGAUGUUCUUGGUUCUUCAAAGGAGCAACUGAAUCGAGAUACAUUCCUUACAACGAAAGCAUUGCUGUAAAGCUCGAGGAGGAAUACAAGCAAGCAUGCCUUACGAACAAUUGGAAUCGAAGAGUUGAUUUGAAUAACGGAGAAUAUGUUAUCUUCCAUAGCGCAACAGUUCAGGUUCAUUAUCUACAACUAACUUCGCCGGAUUUGGCAGGAUCUUGGGGAAACAGUGCAGGUUCAGAGGACACUACAUAUUUACAGGGUGCUGCAAGUAGACCAAGAGUUGUUAAAAGAGGAGUUGACGAAUUCAAUAUAGACGAGGGUGAGCCCGAAAAAGUAGAUCAUCUCCUAUUUCUCGUUCAUGGUAUAGGUAGUGUUUGCGAUUUAAAAUUCCGCACUGUAGAAGAAGUCGUUGAUGAAUUUCGAAGUAUAUCACUUCAAUUGGUGCAGUCACAUUAUCGUACUGCGGGCGAGCAAGGAAUCGUAAAUAGAAUAGAAGUUUUGCCAAUCUCCUGGCAUACAACACUUCAUUCUGAGGAUACAGGAAUCGACAAAAAGUUGCAAUCUAUCACUUUGGAGAGUAUACCAAAGUUACGACAUUUUACUAAUGAUACUUUGCUCGAUAUACUUUUCUAUACUAGUCCCAUAUAUUGUCAAACUAUUAUGCGCACCGUCGGAAGUGAGAUAAAUAGAUUGCACUUUCUAUUUAAAGAAAGAAAUCCUACCUUUGAUGGAGAAAUAUACUUAAGUGGUCAUUCAUUGGGCAGUUUAAUCUUGUUCGAUCUAUUGUGCCAUCAAAAGCCCGUUAAGAAAGAAGAAGAAGAAGAAGACGGAAAAAACGAUGACAAUACUGGCAGUGAUAAGGAAGGUGAUAAUGAUAGUAUUGGGCCCAUUAAGCCAAUGCCGGCAGCUGUUUUGAAAAGACGUCUUAGUAGAAGAAUCAGUUAUGUUGUAAUGGGCGCGGCAGGAACUGGCCAACCUUACAUACAUUAUCCGCAGCUCAAUUUUCAUCCGCGUGCUUUUUUUGCUCUCGGCAGUCCGAUUGGCAUGUUUGUAACGGUUCGCGGAAUUGAUACUCUCGGAGAAAACUUUGCUCUACCCACUUGUCCAGCUUUCUUCAACAUUUUUCAUCCUUUUGAUCCAGUAGCUUAUAGAGUAGAGUCCUUGAUUAAUCCUGAAGCUCACAAAUUUCGACCUAUGCUGAUACCACAUCACAAAGGCAGGAAAAGAAUGCAUUUAGAAUUAAAGGAAACGAUGGCACGUGUCGGAGCAGAUUUGAAACAAAAGUUAAUUGAUUCCGUAAAAAAUACGUGGAACUCUUUCUAUCAAUUAGCCUUAUUUCACAAACCAGACAAUCAAGUUUUGGAACGUGAGAUCGAUAAAGUUGUCGAGGAACAGUUACAGAAGCAGCCUAGUAUACCAGAUCAACAUAACAACGACGAUGGUGGUGCCAAUUUAAAAAUAGGAAAACUUAACGGUGGUCGAAGAAUAGAUUACGUGCUUCAAGAAGCGCCUUUUGAAUAUAUUAAUGAAUAUAUUUUUGCUCUUACAAGCCAUAUCUGUUACUGGGAAUCUGAGGAUACUAUGCUAUUGAUACUGAAGGAAAUAUAUGGAUCUAGAGGUAUUCAGACAGAUGCGCAACUUCCUCAGCAAACAAUGUCAAUUGAGAGAGUGUCUCCUUCGCCAUCUUUGAAUUUAUCAUCUGCAUUGUCAAACAGUGAAAGCAACGUAGGAACAUCUGUUAUGGGAAUAGAUCCUACAGUACCCAUAUCAAGCAGACCUGUUGGUCCACCACCUAUGACUGGUUUUGUACCAAAAUCAUGAUCGACAACACAUCUUUCCGACCUUACUCUUUUAAUUUGAAUAUAUAACAGAAGUAAAAUUAAUCUCUCUCUCUCUCUCUCUCUCUCUCUCUCUCUCUCUCUCUC